AUGGCGCAGGACGAGAAGAAGCCCACCGCCGCAGAGAAGGGCAAGGGCAAGGCGGAGGAUGCACCAGUGUCAAACGGCGAACAUGCUGCAGAACAAGGAGACAAGAAGAAAGCAGAUGGCAAGCAUGACGAGCUUGUGGUCGAAGAGCUGAGCGAAGAGGAUCAACAACUCAAGAGCGAUCUCGAGAUGCUGGUUGAAAGAUUAAAAGAAGACGAUUCUUCUCUCUACAAGCCCUCGAUUGACGCCAUCAAAAACUUCAUCAAAACGUCAACCUCCUCCAUGACGGCCGUCCCCAAACCUCUCAAGUUCCUGCGCCCUCAUUAUGACGAGAUCGCCGCUGUUUACGACAAAUGGCCGGCUAGUCCUGACAGAGACUCUCUUGCCGAUAUGCUAUCGGUGCUGGGCAUGACUUACGGAGAAGAGGACAAAUUGGAAACAUUGAAAUAUCGGCUAUUGUCAAAUAAAUCGGACGAUCUGGGGUCGUGGGGUCAUGAAUACAUUAGACAUCUCGCCCUGGAGAUUGGUCAAGAAUACCAGAAUCGCCUGACGGACGAACGAGAGGUCGGUGACUUGACGGAGCUUGCCCUCUCCUUGGUGCCGUAUUUCCUGAGUCACAACGCAGAAGCGGACGCUGUGGAUUUACUGAGCGAACUCGAAAUGAUUGAAGAGAUCCCCCGAUUUUUGGACGAGAAUACCUUUGCGCGAGUGUGUCUGUAUAUGGUCAGCAUGGUCAAUCUCCUUACAUACCCCGACGAUGUCGCUUUCCUCAAAACCGCACACGAUAUCUAUGUCAAAUACAACAAGCUUGCUCAAGCGAUGGUGUUGGCAAUUAGACUGAACGACCACGAGCUCAUACGACAAGACCUGGAAUCGACAGAUGAUGUUGCACUGAAAAAACAGUUGGCCUUCCUGAUUGCCCGGCAGAGAAUAUCGAUAGACGUGCCGUCUGAGACCAAGGACGAGCAAGAGAUCGCCGAGUGCCUCGGAAACACCCAACUGCCGAACCACUUCAAGACUCUCGCCAAAGAAUUGAACAUCCUGGAGCCUAAGGUGCCAGAAGAUAUCUACAAGACACAUCUAGAAAGUGGCCGGGGGAGCUCCGCAGCUGCGGAUUCAGCUAAACACAAUCUAGCGAGCGCAUUCGUUAACGCUUUUGUCAAUGCUGGGUUUGGUACGGACAGGCUGAUGCUUGUAGAAGGGGAACAGCGGCCGUGGGUAUGGAAAACCAAGGACGAUGGCAUGCUCUCCACCACCGCAUCACUGGGCAUGCUCAUGCAAUGGGACGUGGAAGGGAGCUUAGACAUCAUCGACAGAUUCCAACAGUCAUCCGAAGACCCAAUCAAGGCCGGUGCACUUCUCGCGUACGGUAUUGUCAAUUCCGGGGUGCGAAUGGAGGGCGACCCAGUCAUUUCGCUCUUGAGCGACGACGAUGUUCUCCAGAGCCCGAAACCCUCGACGCGAAUGGCCGCCAUUAUGGGUCUGGGACUGUCGUAUGCCGGAUCGAAUCGAGAAGAUCUACUGGACUUCCUGUUGCCUAUUGUCGAGGACAGCAACUCGGAGAUACAAUUGUCUGCCAUGGCUGCCGUGUCCCUUGGAAUGAUCUUCGUGGGUUCGUCCAACCACCAAGUGGCCGAAGCAAUAGCAACCCAGAUGAUGGACGACGACCGGCAAAAGCAGCUCAGGGAUAAAUGGGCGAGGUUCAUGGCUCUAGGACUAGCGCUACUCUACUUCGGCCGGCAAGAGGAAGUGGAUGUUAUUCUGGACAUUCUCAAAGCAGUUGAGCAUCCCAUGGCCAUGCCAACGGCUACCCUGGCGUCUGUAUGUGCAUGGGCUGGAACUGGAGCCGUGCUUAAGCUACAGGAGCUCCUCCAUAUCUGCAACGAUCACAUCGAAGACAAGGACGAGACUACAGGCGAGCAGCUUGUGCAAUCCUAUGCUGUUCUCGGUCUGUCGUUGAUCGCCAUGGGCGAAGAUGUCGGACAGGAGAUGGUCCUACGCCAGUUUGGUCAUUUGAUGCACUACGGUGAGGCCAACAUUCGGAAGGCAGUGCCACUCGCCAUGGGCCUGAUUAGUCCCAGUAACCCUCAGAUGAAGAUCUAUGAUACCCUAUCGAGAUACAGCCACGAUAACGACAACGACGUUGCGGUUAAUGCUAUCUUCGCGAUGGGCUUGGUCGGAGCAGGAACAAACAAUGCACGUCUUGCACAGCUGCUGAGGCAGCUAGCCAGUUACUAUCAUCGCGACCAGAAUUCGCUCUUCAUGGUUCGAAUCGCGCAGGGUUUGCUCCACAUGGGCAAGGGCACUAUGUCGCUCAAUCCCUUCCACACCGAUCGACAAGUUCUGUCAAGAGUCGCUGCGGCGGGUCUUCUCACUGUCCUUGUCUCCCUCGUCGAUUCCAAGCAAUUCAUCCUUGCCGAUGCACACUACCUUCUGUACUUCUUGGUCACAGCAAUGUACCCCAGAUUCUUGGUGACUUUGGACGAAGAGCUGAAGCCACUUACGGUCAACGUGCGUGUCGGUCAAGCAGUGGAUGUUGUGGGGCAAGCUGGACGACCACGCACCAUUACAGGGUGGCAGACUCAGAGUACGCCGGUUUUGUUGGCUUACGGUGAGCGGGCAGAACUGGAAGAUGAAGAAUACAUAUGCCUGAGCAGCACGUUGGAAGGGCUGGUUAUCUUGCGCAAGAAUCCGGAAUGGGAGUCCACAAAAUAG